CCUCAGAGAGGGAGGAGGGCGCUGCUGGAUCAAGUCUUUUCCACUCUCUCCGCCGGACUGAUCAGACUGAUUGAUCGUCGGGUGCGUCUCGGAGGAUCCCCCCUUUCGACGAGCUUCGGUGGACCAGAGGGGGGCGGGGUAGGGAAAGACCACAGAUGACACGCAGGAGAAAGUGUGUGGGUGGAUGAGGAAGUUCAGAGCGCGGAUUGAUGGUCACACACCUCUACUGUACAGGCAGAGGCAGCAGCACAACUCCUGGAGCUCCACUGCAUGACAAAAUGACAGCCAAGUUUUGGAUUAUCCCCGUCAUCCUCCUCCUCGACCAAGGUGCUAGCUGUGAUGUACUGGAAUAUGGCGCCGACGAUGAGGAUCACUACCAUACCUCUGUCAGUCAAAUGCUGGUACCCAGGUCUCACCAGGAGGACGCCACUCUGAUCCUGAACAAUCUACUCAAGGACUAUGACAAGACGCUACGACCGGAUAUUGGAAUGAGACCGACGGUCAUCGAUGUGGGCAUAUAUGUCAACAGCAUCGGGCCGGUGUCCUCCAUGGAUAUGGAGUACCAGAUCGAUAUCAUCUUUGCCCAGUCCUGGAUCGACACCCGUCUGCAGUACAACAGCAGCACCAUGAAGACCCUGACCCUCAACAGCAAUAUGGUGGGCCUGAUCUGGCUGCCUGACACCAUCUUUAGAAACUCCAAGAACGCCGACUCUCACUGGAUAACGACGCCCAAUCAGCUGCUGAGGAUCAAGACCAACGGAAAGAUCCUGUACACGCUGAGGAUGACCAUCAAUGCAGAAUGCCAGCUGCAGCUCCAUAAUUUCCCAAUGGAUGAACACUCCUGUCCGCUCGUCUUCUCCAGCUAUGGCUACCCCAGAGAUGAGAUCGUCUACAAGUGGGACAGAAACUCAGUGCAAACGUCAGACAAGAAAUACUGGAGACUCUACCAGUUUGACUUCAUGGGUCUGAGAAACACGACAGAUCUGCUGAGGACGACAUCUGGUGACUAUGUGUUGAUGACAGUCUACUUUGACCUCAGCAGACGGAUGGGCUAUUUCACCAUCCAGACCUACAUCCCCUGCAUCUUGACUGUUGUUCUCUCCUGGGUCUCCUUCUGGAUCAAGAGCGAUGCCACGCCUGCAAGAACGGCUCUAGGUAUCACCACCGUGCUGACCAUGACCACCCUGAGCACCGUGGCCAGGAACUCACUACCCAGAGUGUCCUACGUGACCGCCAUGGACCUGUUCGUCACCGUGUGUUUCCUGUUCGUCUUUGCUGCCAUGAUUGAAUACGCCAUGCUCAACUACUACUCCUACAGUGUCCGUAGACCUCCUCCAAAGACGCACAGAAUGGCCUACUCCUCCUUCUCCAUGGGUCCCACCCCCCGGUCCAUGAUGUCCAUGGGUAACCCUCUGAUGUGGAACAACUAUGAGGACAGCUGCCUGUACGAGUGUCUGGAUGGUAAAGACUGCGCCAGCUUCUUCUGCUGUUACGAGGAGUGUAAAGAAGGCGGCUGGAGGAAAGGACGGAUCCACGUCAACAUCCGUGAGCUGGAUUCCUACUCCCGGGUUUUCUUCCCCACCUCCUUCUUGCUCUUCAACAUCGUCUACUGGGUCAGCUACCUCUACCUCUAGUCUGUCCUGGGUCUGGUCCAUGCACCCUGCUGAAACAGACUCUGCGCUCUUGCUGGUGGUCUAAGGUUGAUCCUGGAUGUGGAGGAGGUUGAUUUCUGAGGACACAGGUGUUUGCCCCCGGCAUACAACACUUAGCAUCAGAACAAGCUGCCAACAUGAA